AUGAAUUGGUUCCAGGGGCUGGACAGCGGGCCUUCACUGAUACUGCUCAGUGGUUGUUGGCUGUCCUUCUGCACUGGACCCAGAGUCCACAUGACCAGGCCCUGUGCUGAGUGCCUCGGGAGUGUAGACAAGGGGGACAGAGGCGAGGAUGGCCGGGUUUUGAAGAUCUCAGCCGGCGUCAGGUAUGUGCAGCUCCCGGCCUACUCAGAGGUCAGCUUCUUCAAAGUGGACAAGGACAACCGAGAGCCACCCAUCCAGACCCCAUUUGGGUUUGACUGCAUUGCCUAUCCUCUGCGGAGUCCCAAGUCCGGGGGCCUGGAGCCCAGAGCUGCCCUGGAAAGUGCCGGAGAUCCGCCACUCCUCACGGGGGACCUGGAGCCAGCGCUGCCAUCAGACACCUCUCGGGGCCAGAGGGACAUGCCCAGUGGCCUUCCCGGGUGGCACUCCAGCGACCUGCACACCUGCCCGGGGGUCAGGAAGGGUCCCCUGUGCUUCUGCUCCUCUCAUGGGGAUCGGUCCACCCCGGAACGCUCUGGAGGACAUUCACACUGAGUGUCCUGUCCCCACAGCUGCCCCAGAGCACCCCUCGCCCGGCCGGUGCCCGAGCCUCCGGAUGUGUUGGCGGGAGCCUGGGUCUGCUCUGGGUCACGGACACACGGGCCGGCGCUGUCCUCUGGUGCCUUCUGCCAAGAGGGGUGAAGCCGUUGUAAAUGUCAGCUCUGCCGCGGGUAGGAUAGGGUCAGCCAUAAGCAAGAGAAAACCCGCAUGAUGAUAGCUUAACCAAGGGAGCUUGCUGCGUGGUGUCUAGGAGGCUCCAGCCGUGGGGCAGCCCAGCAGUGCGCGAGACCCUCGUGCCGGCGAGAAAAACCCAGAAAUGGCCCCAGGGAGACCUGGAGCUGCUUGGGUGGGAAGCAGGCAAGGCUUUCUCUCGCUCUCUUUUUUUUAAUGAAGUGGCUUAUUCUGUGACUAUAUGGGGAUAGAUAUCUUUAACUCAUAAGGUCUCUUUACCCAUUGUCCUAAAAGACGGCAAAAUGUGUGACAUUCCAUGGCAGCCCCCACGCGCACGGGGAACAUAAGUCAGGAAUCUUUCCCUCGGACGAGUGAACGUCUGUGUUCUCAAAGCCAAACCGUAAACCGUGUCGUUCUCACUCUUAUUGCUGGCCUGGCGCAGCGCUUUCUCGCAUGGCUCCCAGAUCCCGCCUCUCUUCCUUCUGCCAGACCUUCGCCAAGGACCCCUGAGCCCCGUUCAAGCCUGCAGUGAGCCAGGAGUUCCAGCCAAGAGUUACUGUGUCUGCCUACCUGGGUGACAGCCACGUGCGCUGGCCUCGGGAUGGGGAGGGUGGCACCUGCUGAAGCCGCCAUGGGCACUUGCCGCGUGCAUUUGAAAGUCUUGGGGAGCACCCACUGGUGGCCCCCAGCCUGCAGCCAGGACACACGGACAGGCCUCCGAAGUGCAGGGCAGAGACCGCAGCCCAGAGGGUUUCAGGCCGAGAGAUCAGUCGAUACAUGCCUAAAAUAGAUUGGGGCAGAACAUGUCCCAGGUGACUGUCCCUCUGGAAGCCCUUCCUCUGUCCCCGAGAAAGGGUUCCACUGAAAUGUUCUCCCAGCACACAGACUCCAAGCCCAGGGUUUCCCGCUCAGCCCCGGGUCACAGGCGCCAUUGGACGCCCUCCCAUGACAGAGCACGCGCCACCACACAAGCAAACAGGAGCCCGGCUCCCACUGAAGCCUCAUCCCGCGGCUGCGCUCUUGCUCACCAGGAGCACCCCCACCCCAGGUCCAUGCUCCUGAGCGCACCUAGGAGCCUGCUUCUGACAGCAGAGUGGUGGCUUCGACCCCACCGAUGUUCACGCUCACGUGGACGUUCAGAGGCAGGGGUGAUGGCCCCGUGAUCACCAGGGUUCCCUGUUCUCAUUGCCUCUUCUCCUCUGUGGUCCUUCCUGCACCACCUCGUGGCCCCAGGGGGUUGCACAGGGGCCAGUCAUCAGGCCCCUAUUCCCGACAGUGGGAACUGGAAGCAGAGGGAGCACGGCUGGUCCCUUCUAAGAAGCGUCCCUUCCAGGACACCCUGUCGUUCACCCCUCGUUGGCCAGAACCUGGUUACGUGACCAUAGCAGGCCACAAGGAGACAAGAAAUACAAUUUGCCAGCCAAGAUCAGGUUCUGUUACCAGAGAACGGAGGAUGGAUAUUUCGUGUCAUUCAGCCAUGCUUGCCUGAGGGUCUGGAAGCCACAGGAGCGAACCCGCCUUCAGCUCACAGCGGAGAGCAAGGCCCUGGGCCUCCUGCCAUCUCCAGGGAGGGACAAGGCAGGUGCCCUCCCUCUACAUCUCUUUGUAGGCAGUGUCUCCUGCGCGAAAGCACCAUGUCCCCCUAUCUCAUGCCCCUGUCCCACGACAGGGCUGUAAGGCACAGAUCAAUGGGUUUGGUACAACUGGGGCUGGAGGUGAAGAAGCUUAGUCUGUCAGACCGAUGGGAAGUGUGGGAGAUGGGGUCCCACAGCAUCAGGAGCUGCUGAGGGCCACAGGGAGCCCCGGCCCCAUGGCCCCUGCCCUGCUUCUCUGUCUCAGGGUUAGCUCACGGUCAAAAAACAGUGAGGGCAACCACCCUGGUCCUGGACAGGGGGUCCCCUUCCCUAACCGAAGGGGUGGGCAAAGGCAGGGCCGGGUGGGGGCCUGGCCACCAGGUCUGCUCCCCAAGCAGCCUUCACGCCGGGCUCGGCAUCACAGAACACCUGGCAGGCCUCCCCUGCAGCCUUGGCUCCUGGGGGUAGUGCUGGGUGCGGGCCCAGAGCUCACCUCACCCCACCCCACCCCUGCCGUCUGUCCCCCACCGGCCCCGCCCGCCGCGCUCCGAGAACCAAACAGGAAGGAUGCGCCAGUUCAACAGGAUGUCCUUGCCCACCUCACGGUCAGAUCUUUGACUACUUCAGGGUUUCCUUUCUCAGCGACCAGGAGGUUGUGUGCCAGGGUGAGGAGAGAGGGAAGGGGCUGGAGCUGCCCUACAGGGAGGCAUCGCAGCGGGAAACCAAAGCAAAGCGGCAUCUAACACUUAAAAGCAAGUAUCCAUGCUUCUCCAAGUUCUUAAGCUCGUGUGCCAACACCGGAAGGCACGUGGAGCACAGUCCCCAGCCUGCUGCCCCGCCGUACCCCCAGAUUUCCCCAGCCGCGAUCGCCUGGCCCCUCCAGUCACUGAGAACGUGGAGCUAGACGCCGGCGCCUUCCAGCUCGCGGCCCUCGCCCUCGCCCCACGAGGACCAGCUUCUCGGCCCUUUUCCUCACCCAUGCAACCCACAAUUAAGAAAGUAAACUCUC